AUGGAGCUCUAUGAGUUCAUUGCCGUAUCUGUUCUGACUGGCAGCGGUUGUUCCCCUUCCCUCAUUCUUUCUCGCUUCUCCCUCCCCCUUCCACCCCACCACCCUCAACCCUUUUUCUGCGUCACCGAAUGUGCGGCCCCUGAUAUUUGCGUUGCAGACGCCACCUUUGCCUGCUGCUGCUGGGCAUUGAUCCAAUACUUCACGGUCGGGAUGUGCGGCUGCCUCUACUCCAAAGGCUUCCGUGGCAUGCUGAGGGAUAAGUAUGGCCUGCCCAGCAGGCCCUGCGUGGACGCUGCACUACACCUCUUCUGCCCCUGCUGUGCCUUUGCUCAGGAGUACCGAGAACUCGAAGCCAGGGGGUGGGACCCACGUCUAGGACCACCUCCAUCGUCCUCUCAUCUGCAUGCUUCAUCUCUGUCAGGCGCUGGUGUCCAUCCUUCUUCAGUAAAUAUUACGGCACAAGAUAUGCUGUCCUGCACUGCUUCCCUUGACUCUGCUCAACUUGCUGCUCAAGGAAAGUCCCUUUUUCAUUUUCUAGAAGACAAAUCUGCUGCUUAUGCUGGAAUUGGAAGCAGCAUCCCCCAGCACCAGGUGGACCAGGCAGCACCACAGUAUGGUGCACAGCUGGCAUUAGAGCGAGUUAGCUCGGCCCCUGUUCCGAUCCUUCAAGAAGGAUUCCACGGCCAUGCUUUUGAGGACUUUGACGAUGGGUUUGCUGCAGGUCUAUGGUCCAGCCACCCUCAGCAGGGAAUCUUAAUGGAUUCUAUGCAGGUUGAUGGGAGUCAGAAUGAAGCUGGUCACGAAUCGGAGUUGUUAGCUAUUGCUGCUCUACCUGGGUCCAGCUACAUGGCUAUGGUGACAGGAGAAAAGGACAUCCGGGAUGCUGAUUGUACUCACUUGGGAGUGCAAUUACCCCCGUUUGAUGGCAAGAGCAGUGUUGUUGCUGGAGGUGGUGGUGAUGAUGACGACCCGAAGAAGAAUGAAGCAGAGCCUGAAGCCAAGUCUGUACCGAAUAUGUCUUUCAUUCUUGAGGCUGCGCAAGAGUUGCUGAUGGAGGUGAAGAGGUUGCUGAAGAGCAGCAAGUGGGACACGCGUGUGGCUGCAGCCAAGGCGUUAGGGUACAUAGCUCGGAACACACCACAUCCCACAGUGCAGGACCUGCAGAUUGCUGCUUCCACUGUAUCUGGUGAUGAAGGAGCAAUAGCAGCACGUACUGGCACUACUUCUGCAGCCGCUGAUGGCGAAGGUGCUGCACCAGCUGCUGUAGAACCUACUGCUGCGGGUGGCGGCUUGCGCUUCGAGGGCUUUGACAUUGGUCGUGUGUUGGACAAUGGAGCACAGCUUGUGGCAUCAGCUGGCAAGGAAUAUGAUAUUGCAGCAGUUGGGCGAGGGGGAAAGGAGGCGAUUGCCAAGCAAAAGCAAUCCCUACGACGGAGACUAGGUCUGGACGAGUGUGAGCGAUUCAUGGAUGUAAGCGAUAUCAUUAGAGACGAGGAUCUGGAAGCACCAGCGCAAGCAGCAGCACCACCAGCAACAGGUUCAUCAAACCCCGCUGCAGCAGCUGGCGGCAAGCAGAAGCAGAAGCGAGAAGGUACAGCUGGAAUCAAGCGUGGAGCGCAGGAUCUAAUGGCUGAGAUGCUGCCGAGUGGCACCAGUCCGGGGGUUGGUGAUGGUGGCAGUUCUGCUGGUUGUGGAUCACCCGCUUUGUCGAAGUCCCUCAGUGCAAGGGAGAGAAACAUGCUGAAGCGGAAGGCGAAGAGCAUGAGCAAGGACGGGGGGAAGAGAGGAGUAGGGGCUCAUGGUGGGGUGGGGGAGGUGGAUGAGGAUGAGGAUGGAAGGGAAGGGGAGCGGGGAGGCAGGAAGAAGAUGCGGACAAAGAGUGUGGUUUCAGAUGGGAAGGAGGACAAUAAGAUCACAGUAGAGCAGGUGGCAGCAGAGGGGGAUGAUUGGGAGGAAGAGGAGGAGGAGGAGGGGGAAUGGCCCUUGCAGGCGCUGUGUGAACAACUGCUCACAGACAUGUUUCACCCAGUGUGGGAGGUACGUCACGGCAGUAUUCUUGCCCUCAGGGAGGUUGUAUCCGCGCAUGGGAACUGUGCUGCAGUCUGCCGCCCAAUAGUUCCUUCUAAGUGGGCCAGCGCCAAUGGGAAGGAGGAGAGGGAAGAUGGGAAGGGGAAGAUGGAGCUGGAAGUGGUGAAGGAGGAGGAUGAUGGCAAGACUGUGCCAGAAAUGAGGGAGCUGGACGUGUCGUUGGUCAAGGCGCAGGUGGUGAGGUCGGAAAAGGAGGAAGAAGAGGUUAAUGAUGAAAUGGAGGGAGUGAAUCAUCGGGGUAUUACAAAAGAGGAACGUGGGGAGGAAGGAUUGGGGGGUGUGAAGCGGGAAGUAAAAGAAGAGGAGUGUGUGAGUAAGCAAAUGGUAGCUGUGAAGAGGGAGGCUGAGGCGGAGACUUCUCCAAAGGCAGAGGUGAAAGAUGAGGCGAAAUGUGAAGAGGACGAUAUGAAAACGAGAGCAAAGGAGGAAGUGAAAGUAGAGGAUGAGAUGGAAGUAAAGGAGGAACGACUGGAGGGAGUCAAGAGGGAAGCGAAGGCAGAGACGAAGGAAGGGAGUGGUGGCUGGCUAGGCCUCUCUAUGGGCUCUGAGACGCCUAAAGAAAGCAAUGGAGAGUCCGCAUUUGGGGACAAGCUUGCUGCUCCUGCUGGGGUGUGUGUGAAGGAGGAGGCAGGAGAAGGGGGCGGGAAGGGGGAGGAGGAUAACCGAGCUGAACGAUCUGGAUUUGACUUGAACGAGUUGAUGGUCUGUAAGAGGGAGGACACUGAAGGUGUGACGAAUCAAGAGGGCGUCAUUAACCAAAAUUCUGGAGGGAGGGCGCGUAUGGGCUUGGACUUGCAUCUUUCUGAUGGCAUGCAAUCAGAAGAGAUGGGAGAGGGGUCGGUACGAAAUUUGGAGAAUGAAGGGAGUAUUGAGGGGAGUAAGGUAGAAGCCAAGACGGAUAGGAGUGAAGAGAAGAGCAAGUGUGAGGAAAGUGAGAAUGCUGUGGGAAAGGGGUUGGAUCUGAACAUGGAAGUUUCCGAGGAAGCAAAUGAGGGGAAACCUGUGGAUGAGGGGGAAGUGGCAGAGGAGAAGAAUGGAGAAGAGAAGGAGAGUGCGCUGGUGGUGGCACAACCUGUGAGGGCGGCGGAGAGAGGUGCAAUGCCGACAAUGGAAUCUGCAAGGAAGGCACAGUUAGCUAUAGAAGCUGCCAGGAAGGCACAGGCGGAUAAUGAGCUGUUUUUGGAGGACUGUGCCAUUCGGCUGCUAUGCAUCUUCGCUUUGGACAGGUUGGAAGACUUUGUGUCGGACCAGGUGGUGGCACCAGUGCGGGAGGCGUGUGGACAGGCGCUGGGAGUGGUGCUCAAAUACCUGCCCUCCAGGGCUGUUGCUCGCACACUUGAUGUGCUGCUGCAAAUGCAGAACCGAUCAGAGUGGGAAGUGCGGCACGGGGCCCUGCUUGGCAUCAAGUACCUCAUAGCAGUGCGCCAGGAGCUACUGCCCUCCCUGCUGCCCUCGCUCCUCCCCGCCUGCAUGCGCGCGCUGCAAGACUCAGAUGAUGAUGUGAGGGCUGUGGCAGCAGAGGCGCUGCUGCCAGCUGCUAAGACCGUGGGGGAGGGCGUGGACGAAAGUGAUUUAAGGCAGCUGAUGCGGCUGCUGUGGGGGAUUUUAUCAGAACUUGAUGACCUCAGUCCGUCCACUAGCAGUGUCAUGACCCUCCUCGCUGAGCUGCAUGCCCUUCCUCGAGUUGCUGCCCUCUGGACCGUUUCUCCACCUGCUGGUGCUUCAGCUGAUGCUAAACCUGCUGCUGCUGCGGAUGUUGCUGCUGCUGGUAUGACUGCUGCUGCUUCUGCUGGUGGACAAGUGGAGGGCGAUGAGGAGUUGGGCGAAGAUGAUGACCUCGAUGACAAGGAAGAGGAGGAGAAUCUAGCUUUAAAUGGGAGUAAACCAAAGCACAACAAAGAUGUUGCUGCCGGCACUGCUGCUGUUGGUGCUGGAAGGGACUCUUUGCCGCCCUUAGUGGUUCUCGUCCGUCGAUUAUGGCCGUUGAUGCGACACACCAUCUCUGCUGUCCGACUUGCUGCUGUUUCCACUCUCGAGAGGCUCCUUCAAUCCACUGGCACCUCGUCAGCAGAUUCCAGCUCAACAUUACCCUGGGUGGCUGACGUGUUAGUGGACGCGCUGGCAUGUAUUUUCCGCAAUCUGAUUUUGGAGACCCGCCCCACGGCUCUUGCUGUCUCUCGCCGUGUCUGGCCUCUGCUCUUGCAACAGCUCAUCGCCACACCGCCUGGUAGCUCCAUUAACACCUUCCUCCUCUUUGCCACAUCGUCACCGGCAGCUCAAGGGACAGCCAGCAGAGGCAUGCGGACGGAGGGAAUGGGGAGGGGAAGGGGUAGAGGGGGAAGGGGAAAGGGCAAGGGGAAGGAGUUGGAAGGUGUAGCAGCAGGAUCUAGUGCAGGGAGCUCUGCUGCUGCUGGCAGUGCGCUGGGGAGCGGUGGUAGUGGGGUGGUGGUGGUAGGGGCUGAAGGCGAGAGUGCAGCUGUGCGCAUGAGAGUGGACACAAGCCAAGCCAUGGGGCUGCUGCUCUCCUUCUGGCCUGUUGACCAGCUGGAAGGCGGGGUAGCCCCGUUGAUAUCCCUCCUGGAGUCCGUGGCUGCCACACAAAAGCAGGUUGGUGCUUUGAUCGUUGCUGCUUGGUUCAGGGAGCUUGAGAGGCGGGAGCUGGGGAAAAUGGAGAUGGAGCAAACUGACAAGCAGCAAACAUUGCAAAAGCCGAAUCAGCAGCAGAAGCAGCACCAUGCGUCGGCCCUUAGCUCUCUACCUGGUGUUUCUUUGGUGCGACCAUCUCCUCCUGUUACAAAACUGCUGACCCAUUUGAUGGCUCUCCUCUCUUCUCCCGAUGCUGGCCAAAGCUACGAGGAGCUCUCUCGAACCUACAACAAGCUACGAGCCGAAGCUAGUGCUUUGAUCAGCCAUGCCCGAGCUCUGGGGUUAGCACCAGACACGAUUAGUUCGGCGCUUACACGAGCCGGCUGUGUUGGCUCGGCAGUGGCUCUAGAUAGCAGUACAGCAGGAGAAGCGGGAGGAACGGGAGGAACGAAAGGAGCAUUGGAAGGACGAGGAGGGGAGGAAACUCAUUUUGACAGAUUGAGUCCUGAGGGUGCGUUGGAACUGGCAGGGGCCUUGGCUGGGCUUGCUGGGACAGAGACAGGGGAGGUGGAGAACAGGAAUGCACCUGGUGGUGUGGCUGGUGGAGUUGGGGGAGGGAGAGGGGAAGGAGGUGGAAGGGGAAGGGGAAGAGGAAGAGGCAGGGGAAGGGGAGGAAGUGAGGGAGGGAGAGGAGCUGAGAGGCAACAGGAGCCACAGCAGCAGCAAGGCAUGGGGGAUUUGAUGGAAAGCUGCAGGCGGAGAUUGCUGUCCACUGCGACUUACCUCAAAACCGUGCAGGCCAACAUGCACACAUCCGUCACAGCAACAGUGGCGACAGCAGCAGUACGAGUUGCCCCAAGUCUGCCUUCCAAGCUCAACCCCAUCAUACAACCACUCAUGGCUGCACUCAAGCGAGAAAGGGAGGAGCUUCUGCAGCAGUGUGUAGCGAGCGGCCUCGCAUCCGUCAUCCUGCGCUCCUUGGACCGCCGCCCUUCCCCCAACGACAGGCUUCUCAAGAAUCUAUCUACACUCGCCUGCUCCGACCCCUCUCAGUGCCCACCACCCUGUGAUGCCAAUAGGGAGGCGGAUGACCCCCUGGAUCCCACCCUCGCCAUGCCUGCUCCGCCUGGAGCUGGGGGACCAGCUGCAAGAGGAGCAGCUGGUGUGAUUGUAAAAGGGGACGGGGCAGCAGGGUCGCUGGAAGCCAUGAUUGGCCGCAGAGGAGCCGAGCUGUCUUUUAGAGCCUUGGCGGACAGCCUUGGCCCAGACCUUUUUACAAAGCUGCCGAAGCUGUGGGGUCUCCUCACUGAGGUCUGGAAGCCCGGAGAGUCAGAGGGAGGUGGUAGCACAGGGAAGUGCGAUGAGAAAGAACUGUUCAAAGCAGAUCCACUGGCACUGGUCAACACCUUUCAACUCAUCCGGUGCCUAGCCCUUGUCCUCCACACGUCCCUUAUCCCCCAACUGCUCCUCCUCCUUCCACCAGUUCUCUGUUGCACUCGCCAUCCCCAUGCUGCUGUCCGAUUCGCCUCAGCCCAGUGCCUGGCAGCACUUGUGUCUCUUCCGUCCGCAGAGCAAACUGUUCUCUCUGCCAUUCUCACUCAUGUCAUUCCUCAGCUCACCAACACACUCUCUGAACCAGCCCGUCGCGGUGCAGCAAGUGUUGUUUCCUCGUUAGUCAACACCCAAGGCGAGAUGCUAGCACCAUACGCUGCACUCCUAGUCGUUCCCCUCCUAGCUCGGAUGUCCGACCCUAGUCCGCAGGUGCGGCAGCUGGUGACACAGAGCUUUGCCAGGCUCGUGCCUCUACUGCCUCUGGCCCGAGGGCUGCCCUUACCAGCAUUUUUGGACAAGGAAGGUGCAAGGAAGGCUCGGGAGGAUGCUCGGUUCCUGGAGCAGCUUCUGGAUAAUCGCAAGGCGGAUGAUUACCAGCUGCAAGUGAAGCUGUCGGUGACCCUGAGAAGGUACCAGCAGGAGGGCGUCAACUGGUUGGCGUUUCUGCGGCGCUUCCACCUGCAUGGGGUGCUGUGUGACGACAUGGGGCUGGGCAAGACCCUCCAGGCCUCCUCCAUGCUCGCCUCAGACACAAUCGAGCGCCACGCUGCUGCCCGUGCAGCUGCUAGCGGGCCUACUUCUGCUGCUGAUCGUGCUCCACCUGGUGCUUCUGGAUUCGGAGUUGCGCCCACGCCUCUCCUCCCAUCUCUCAUCGUUUGCCCGCCCACGCUUGUUGCUCACUGGGUCUAUGAGAUUGAGAAGUACAUUCCUCCUGGGAUAUUCUCCCCACUGCAGUAUGCAGGCAGCGUUGCCGACCGGCAGAGGAUGCGGGGGCAGCUGAGAAAGCACAACCUGGUGGUAACCUCGUACGAGGUGUUACGAAGCGACAUUGAUGAGCUGGCAGCCAUCACGUGGCGGUACUGUGUGCUGGACGAGGGCCAUCUGAUCAAGGGCGCCAAGACGCGGCUGUCGCAGGCGGUGAGGCGGAUCAAGGCGGAGCAUCGGCUGCUGCUGACGGGCACUCCCAUUCAGAACAACGUCCUGGAGCUCUGGGCGCUCUUCGACUUCCUCAUGCCAGGAUUCCUAGGGACUGAGAAACAGUUCCAGGCGCGGUAUGGCAAGCCUCUACAGGCUGCACGAGACCCCAAGUGCACUGCAAAGCAAGCAGAGGCAGGCGCUCUGGCCAUGGAGGCCCUUCACCGCCAGGUGAUGCCAUUCAUUCUGCGCCGCACCAAGGAGCAGGUGCUCUCAGACCUGCCGCCCAAAAUCAUCACCGACAGAUACUGCCAGCUCAGUACGCUGCAGCGACUACUGUACGCUGACUUUUCCAAGUCCCAUGCGUCAGAGGAGGUGGUGACAGCAGUAACGGCAGCAGGCGGGGGAGCAGAGGAAGGAGGAGGGGAGCAAGCUUCAACCCAUGUGUUCCAAGCGCUGCAGUAUCUGAGGAAGCUGUGCAGCCAUCCGUUACUGGUGCUGGACCCCUCCCAUCCCCGCCACGCCGCUGCUCUCACAGCAGUUGGGGCCACGGGGGCAGCAGCAGAAGCCGGGCAGAGAGGAGGCAGCAGCAGUGGUGCUGGCAGCAGCGGAGGGGAUGGUGUUGGGGACGUGCAUGACAUAGUGCACGCACCUAAGUUGGUUGCUCUGAGAGAUAUUCUGCUGGAGUGUGGGAUAGGAGGAGGAGGGGAGGGUAAGAGUGGAGGGGAUGUGGGAGGUGAGGCCAGCGAGGGCAAUCACCGUGUGCUCGUGUUCGCCCAGCUUAAGUCAUUCCUUGAUAUUGUGGAGGAGGACCUCUUCAAGAAACACAUGCCUGGUGUGUCCUAUCUGCGCAUUGACGGGUCGGUGGAGCCGUCGCGGCGUUUUGACCUGGUCAAGGCCUUCAACUCAGACCCAACGAUCGAUGUGCUGCUCCUCACAACUCACGUCGGUGGCUUGGGGCUGAACCUAACAGCAGCGGACACAGUGGUGUUCUUGGAGCAUGACUGGAACCCAAUGCGGGAUCUUCAGGCCAUGGAUCGAGCCCAUCGCCUGGGCCAGAGGCGGACGGUGAACGUGCACAGAGUGAUCAUGGCGGGCACGCUGGAGGAGAAGGUCAUGGGGCUGCAGCGCUUCAAGCUCUCCAUAGCCAACGCAGUGGUCAAUGCUGACAACGCCAGCCUCAAAUCGAUGGACACGUCGCAGCUCUUAGACCUCUUUAACGCUGGCCCUCCUGCUGCCAGUGCUGGUGCUAAGCAGAAACCAGCAGACUCAUCUUCAGAUGCAGCUGUGGCAGCAGCUGGAGGAGGGAAGGGACUGAAAGCUGUGCUUACUGGCUUGGAAGAUCUCUGGGAUGAGUCGCAGGCUUACGUCAGCAUGAAGACGAUCCUAGCGUCCGAGACGAUGGACAUUCCUAAGGACGUGAAGCUGGAGAUUAAGGCGAAGAAGGUCCGCGUGACUGGGCCACGUGGCAAGCUGUUUAGGGACUUCCGUCACCUGAACCUCGAUUUCCAAAUCGUCGAGGAGGGGACGAAGCUUAAGGUCGAUGCGUGGUUCGGCACGCGCAAGACGAUGGCGUCGAUUAGAACGGCCAUCAGCCACGUGCAGAAUCUGAUCAAGGGCGUGACGGUGGGCUUUAAGUACAAGAUGCGCCUGGUGUACGCUCAUUUCCCCAUCAACUCGAGCAUCAGCAGCUCCGCCGACAACAUUGAGAUCCGAAACUUCCUGGGCGAGAAGAAGGUGCGCAAGGUGGCGAUGCUGGAGGGCGUGACGAUAACGCGGUCGGAGAAGGUGAAGGACGAGCUCAUCCUCGAGGGCAACGACAUCGAGCUCGUCUCCCGCUCCGCCGCGCUCAUCAACCAGGUGUGCCACGUGAAGAAGAAGGACAUUCGGAAGUUCCUGGAUGGCAUCUACGUGAGCGAGAAGGGCAACGUUGUGGAGGAGGCCUGA